UACCCAAAUUGCACAUCUGGGGGAUUAGUAACAAAGAAUAGGAAGAUGGACUUAAGGACAGAGUUGAUGACUUUCCUGAGGGUUUGUAGACAUUUCCUCCAUCUCAAGGUGAUGGUAUGGAUAACACAGAGUAGCAAGGCUACUGUUUCAAGAGUUUUUGUGGCAUGGGCAGUAUUUUUGUCUACACUUUUUGAGUGUCUUGACCUGACCCCUUUACCAGCAUUUGUGGAAGCACUUAUGCCAAAAGUAUUUAACGAUGCAGGCUUUGCUGAGACUGAAGCUAUGACAGAUGCUACUGAGACUUGGAGUUCACAGUCCGAAAAUUUCGAUGUUAAUAAUAUAACAUUCAGCAACUACAAAGAACCACACUACUGUGAGACAGCAGUGUGGGUUUACCCUCACGGUGGUCUUCUCUGCUGCAGUGAGACUUUCCCAGGGACAAUACCAGAUCAAGACAUCACUGAGCACUGUGGGGUUCUGGACAAGAUUAAGAAAGGGAAACUAGUUCUAAAAGGCAAGGGUUUUGACAUUGCAGACCUGUGUCUUAAAAAGGGCAUUUUACACAAUCGGCCCCCAAUGAAGUUUGAUCCUCAAUAUGAGCAGAUAGACAUGAGUAGGAAUUUUGACAUUGCCAUGUUAAGAAUAUACAAUGAGAACUACAUUGGCCGCAUACGGGACUGGACCAUAUUAAACAGCUGUUGGCCAAUGAUGAGAAUAGAUAUCCUUGGAUAUUGUUUCAAGGUGUUUGUACAUGUUGUAAAUAUUUUGAAAACUCCAGUAGGGCCAAAUGAAACUUAG